AUGGAAUCCAAUUCGUUUUUCUUCGAUCCAUCUUCUGCCUCCCAUGGCAACAUGUUCUUCCUUGGGAAUCUCAAUCCCGUCGUUGAAGGAGGAAGAUCGAUGGAGGAAACAUCAAAGCGAAGACCCUUCUUUAGCUCGCCGGAGGAUCUCUACGACGAGGAAUACUACGACGACCAGAUGCCGGAGAAGAAGCGGCGCCUCACUACCGAGCAGGUGCAUCUGCUGGAGAAAAGCUUCGAGACGGAGAACAAGCUAGAGCCAGAGCGCAAGACUCAGCUAGCCAAGAAGCUAGGGCUGCAGCCAAGGCAAGUGGCCGUCUGGUUUCAAAACCGCAGAGCUCGUUGGAAAACCAAACAGCUCGAAAGAGACUUCGAUCUUCUCAAGUCCUCUUACGACCAACUCCUCUCUAACUACGACUCCAUCCUCAAGGACAACCUCAACCUCAAAUCCCAGGUUACUUCCCUCACGGAGAAGCUCCACGCCAAACAAGAGACAGCUAGCGAACCACCGGCUCAAGUACCCGAACCAAACGAAUUAGAUCCGGCAAACGUAAACCGUUUCGAACCGGCAAUCAAGACAGAGGACCGGUUAAGUUCAGGGAGCGUUGGGAGUGCGGUACUAGACGAAGACGCACCUCAACUACUAGACAGCUGCGACUCCUACUUCCCAAGCAUCGUACCCAUCCACUCCGAGGAAGAGAAUUACAACAGCAACGCUAGUGAUAAUGACCGGAGCUGUUUUGCCGACGUCUUUGUCCCCACCAUUUCGCCGUCACACGAUCACGGUGAAUCAUUGGGAUUCUGGGGCUGGCCUUAA